AUGACCGAACCGCUGUACGACCCCAUCAACCACCUCUCCCAGACCGAGCUCAUGGAGAAGUUCAACCUGGCCUUCUACGAAGCGCAGACCUUGUCCAAAACCGACAUCCUGACCACGUUCAACGAACAACCAACCACCGUAACCGAACCGGAACAAACCAGUGACGACUACCUCAUAGACUACCUGAUCUCCAAUGCCGACGACACGCCGGUGACGUCGCCCGGUAGCGACGUAGACGUCAACUUCGAUUUCAACGACUUCGUCGUGGACUUCGACCAGAACGUCCAGGUCGAAGACCAAGGCAACCAGGACAGCUUCGACACUGAGACUUUCACCACGGAGGGCUCCUUCGAGGGGUACCAGGACCAUGGCGGCGCCUUCUCGCAGUUCUUCGUACCCCCGCCCUUCCAAGUGGACGACGGCUGUGACAAACUGGUGGUCGUUAACGGAAAGGAAGAUCUGGAAGGACUGGAUUUCGCCAAUAUCGAUAUAAACGAGGAGCUGACAACGGCUUCCUUGGAUCUGGAAGAUUUGCCACAGGAUUUCCAGGAGAUCGAAGACGGCGGGGACUACGGGGGUAACGUUUUGCCCCCUGUGGGCACCAUCACCAAGAACAACGUGGACUUCAACAAUUUCCUGAGGAGCGUGCCGGCGGAUGACAUCGGCUACUUCAGUCAGGACACCACGAACAGGAACGAAUUCGGCCACCUGAUUGGCGCCAAAUGCAUGAACAACAACUUCGUGACGAACCUGGAGGCGCCCUCCAACGACUGCCAGGACGCCUGCGGCAAUCCCUUCUUCCAAACCAACGAAGACAACCAGAUAGUCUUGACCCAAAACGAGGCGCUGUUGAACGACGAUCCCCUGUUGAGUUCCAGCAGCAUCAUGUACCCCAGCAACAGGAGGAAAACGUACCGUUCGGAGAGCUACGACUGCGACUACGGCACCGAGUGCGAGGAGGUGACCAGUUCGACGAACUUGCAGUGUAAAUGGGAGCGGUGCUAUCAGAUGUACGAGUCGCAGGGCUGCCUGGUGAAGCACAUUGAGAAGUGCCACGUGGAACUCAAAAGGGGGGACGAAUUUACUUGUUUCUGGGAGAACUGUCCGAGGAAAACGAAACCCUUCAACGCGAGGUACAAGCUGUUGAUACACAUGAGGGUCCACAGCGGGGAAAAACCAAAUAAAUGCCCGUUCAAGGGCUGCAACAAGGCCUUUUCUCGACUAGAGAACCUCAAGAUCCACCAAAGGAGCCACACGGGCGAACGCCCCUACCUAUGCCAGUUCUCCAGCUGCACCAAAAGCUUCUCCAACAGCUCGGAUCGAGCCAAACAUCAGAGGACCCAUUUCGACACGAAACCCUACGCCUGUCAGGUGACUGGCUGUACUAAAAAAUACACGGAUCCCAGCAGCCUGAGGAAGCACGUGAAGAACCACACCUACGAGGAACAGAUGCAGAUCAAGAAACGGACCAACGAGGAAGGUACAAACUUCAUAGCGCAGUCUCUGGCGAAGAAAUACUUCGAUCCCAGCAAACAGAGGGCGGUGAAAUCGGAUAUUUACACCACCAGUUACGAACACAAUUAUUCCAACAGUUUUUUGAUCGAGAAAAAGUACGACUCGCUGAACAUAAAGCAGGACCUGAAGAACAAGAUAUCCGAGAAGAACAGGCUGAGGAAGGCGUUCUGUUAG